CCACGUGAAGUCACGGAAGAACUCCUAUAUAAAAACGAUUCUCAUGUUGUGAAGGUCAGUUUACUAUUUCCCUCGCACACCGCGGGCGCUACAGGACAGACAACGACAUCUGCUUUUGCAGUACCUGGAGCUGAUCUCCAGGCUAGAAAUUUAAUGGGUGAGGCGGCACUGCACAUUGAUUCUCGCUCUCAUUCCCUGGAAACUUUUAAGUUUCUGCAGCAGUCAAGUAUUCCAACUGACUCUCAGGACCUCCAAGGAAAAACUGUUCUUCAUCAUGCUGCUGAAUGUGGGGAUGCUGAAAUGGUGAAAUAUCUACUAGAUCAGAAAUGUCUCCCUGUUGACUGCAGAGACAAGUAUGGUCAAACUCCAUUAAUGUUAACAGCAGAGUUUCCAAGAAGUGAGCAAGAUCCUGUGAAACAUUGGGAAUGGAUUGACCAUACAGAUUAUGUCAGUAAGGCUCUCAAGCUUAUUGUAGGUGCUGGAGCGGACCCUACAGCAAAAGAUGUUGUUGGUAGAACAGCACUCCACAGAGCACUUGGAUGUAAGGAGAAUUUCCAGUACCUUCAGAAAAUACAUCCCAAUUUCAAGGAUGGUCUUGAUAAAAAGGGGCAACCAGCCAUAAUGAGAGCCAUUUCUGCAUUUCAAUACCACUAUGAUAUGCCCCAGGUGAUAAAACUUCUAGUGCAGGGAGGUGCAGAUGUCAAUUUACGUGACCGAGAUGGAAAGACAGCUUUGUGCCUGGCAAUAGAGAAAGGUGCUUUCAGGGCAUUGAGGGAAGUAAUAGAGGGUGGAGUCACUUUAUCAUCUUGCAGAAAGGAUGAGCUUACAGAUAUUCUCCACAUGGCUGUGUGGCGCCAUCAAGAUGAGUUAGUCACAAGAUUGAUUGCUGCUGGAGCAGAUGUCAAUAGCAAAGAAAGAGGGGAAGCUGAGAAGUCUACAUUACAAGGGCACACAGCUCGAUGUUUGGAAAGCAGUGUAUUGUCAUAUAGAGGAGAAGGUUGGAUUGAUAAAGAAUUUUCUGGCAAUUCCCCACUGUUCAAAUCUCUUGAGUCAGAGAAGAUAGUCACUCAUUUGAUUGCUGCUGGUGCAGAUGUGAAUUUCAAGGAUGACAACGGCUGUACACCACUGCUUGCAGCUAUUCAUAAGGAGCAUUUGAAGUCACUGGACCUUUUGCUGAAGGCUGGUGCUGAUCGAAAUGCAGUGGAUAACUGUGGUGUGACAGCUCUCCACUUGGCUGCCAGCUGUCGAAAGGUACCACCUCAAGUCAUAGCAUUUGCUAAAGAACAGAUUGAACAAGGUAUGAGACUAGACAUCAUGGAUCAUCAGGGCAGGACACCUCUUCAUUAUGCUGCACUGACUGGAAAUCGCGGAGUUAUGAAACUCCUCAUCAGUUUGGGAGCCAAUGUAAAUGCUGUAGAUGUCUCUGGUAAGACUCCCAUUGCCAUGCCAGCCAUACAUUCACUUAAGGUGAAACAGUUACUGAUUAAUGCUGGAGCUGACUUAACAGUAAGAGAUAAACAUGGCAAGACAGCCUUACAUACAUCAUUUGAGAUUGAUAAUAUUGAAAUCACUAAGUUUCUCAUGAAGAAGCAUAAACAAGAGAUUGGUUGUGAUAAUAAUGGUAAUAAUAUCCUGCAUUGUGCAGUCAGAGCUCGAAGAGAUGUACUUGACAAAGUGAAUUAUAUACUGAAUAAAAAACUUACUACAAUUGAAGAAAAGAAUGAAAACGGAGAGACAGCUCUAAUGUGUGCUGUACAGUUGUCUCCAUUUCACACAGAAAAACAGACUCUUGUUCAAAUACUAUUGACAUCAGGUGCUAGCCCCAAUACUAAAGACUCACAAGGGAAGACUCCUCUCCAUAUUGCAGCUGCAGAGGGAGAUGCAAAGACGGUGGACGCUCUGAUUGCUGCUGGAGCAGAUGUAACAGAGAGGGAUUUAAAUGGUCGGAUGCCUCUGCACUGGGCAGCUCAGUCCCACCAUGCUGAGGCUGUGAAAUUACUGCUGAAUGAUAGAAAUGAGCAACAUGAAAUGGGGAUCAAUCAACAGGACAAUGGUGGUCAGACCCCACUGAUGCUUGCUGUCAAAGGAAAACAGUCUGUAAAGUUAUUGCUAAAAGAAGGUGCCAAUGUUAAUAUGCAGGAUCAUGCUGGAAGUACAGCGCUCCAAGCAGCAAUUGAGUGCAAAAAUUUUGAUGCAAUGAAGCUACUGCUGGCUGCGGGAGCAGAUUUCUUACCUGCUCAGAGGGAGUCUCAUGUUAGAGCAAUCCAUUUGGCUGUUGCAGCAGGGGAUACUAAGAUACUGGAGCACCUGAUUUCCAUGGGAAUGGACCUAUUAGACUGUUGGUGGGACCCUGAACACAAGACAACCCUGCUACAUGUUGCAGCUGAAACCAGUGUGGAAAUGUUGGAGCAGGUAUUGAAUGUGGGGAAAAGUGUAGACACCUUUGAUAAUGAAGGGUACUCUGCCUUUCAUCGUGCAGUUCUGUCUGGAAAUUGUGCAGUCAUCAAAUAUUUUUUAGAAGAGAUACAAACUCCUGUGGAUCAAAGAGAUGCAAAAGGGAGGACAUCCCUCAUUCUAGUGGCUGCAAGUGACAAUUGGCUCCUAAUGGAAUCAGCAGUUCCAGACAUUUUGCUUCAUGCAGGUGCUGAUGCUAGUGCACAAGACAAUGAAAAUAUGACUGCUUAUGAUCUGGCACUUCAGAGCAGAAAUCAAAAAUAUGCUGAUCUUUUAGAAAUGGCGCAACACCUUUGUUAAUUUCGCUUGAGCGCAUUGCAUCAGAGUAAUGUUUAUGUGACUUCUUAAAAAGUGGCUAAUGGCUUCAUAUUGACAGGGUACUUAGAGAGUUGUUACACAGUACAAAGUGCAUGUUUCAAGUUUACAGGAUAUAAAAAAUGCAGUCUUGAGUCUAAUAUAGUUGAUUUCUAUUGUCUAUGAAUGACAUAAAUUAAUUGUAUUGGAGCCAAAACAAACCAUUGUUCUCCAGAUACACCUUUGUUCAUUGGAUAUUACCAGUAAUCCAAAUGAAGCCAAGUUUUUUCUCUUCUAUUAAAACUAAUACAAUGGAUUAAAAUCAUCCAAAAUCAUAAACUUUGUAAUUGCACCAUGCCUUUGCACCCAGAGAAUUAACAUAUCAUCAAAUCUAUGCUUGCUUCUUCUGUGUGUGAUUAAAAUAUUUCACUAAGCAGUAACGUUUUAUAAACAAACUCACCUUGUGGAGGCUCUCCUUCGAAAUUCAUAGAACUCUGAGUAGUCUACAUCUACACAAUUACUCUGCUAUUCACAAUAAAGUGCCUGGGUUCAAUGAACCACCUUCAAGCUGUCUCUCUACCAUUCCACUCUCGAAUGGGAUGCAGGAAAAACGAGCACUUAAAUUUUUCUGUGCAAGCCCUGAUUUCUACUAUUUUAUUGUGAUGAUCAUUUCUCCUUAUGUAGGUGGGUGCCCACAGAAUGUUUUCACAAUCGGAGAAGAAAACUGGUGAUUGAAAUUUCAUGCAAAGAUCCCAUCGCAAAGAAAAAUGCCUUUGUUUUAAUGAAUGCCACUCUAAUUCACAUAUCAUGUCUGUGGCACUAUCUCCCCUACUUCAUGAUAAUACAAAACAAGCUGCCCUUCUUUGUACUUUAUCAAUGUCAUCUGUCAGUCCCAUCUGAUGUGGACCCCACACCGCACAGCAAUACUCCAGAAUAGGGCGGACAAGCAUGGUGUAAGCAGUCUCUUUAGUAGCCCUGUUGCACCUUCUAAGUGUUCUGCCAAUGAAUUGCAGUCUUUGGUUGGCUCUACCCACAACAUUAUCUAUGUGAUCGUUCCAAUUUAGGGUAUUUGUGAUUGUAAUCCCUAAGUAUUUGGUUGAAUUUACAGCAUUCAGAUUUGUACGACUUAUCAUGUAAUUUUGCGGAAUUCUUUUAGUAGUCAUGUGAAGAACUUCACACUUUUCUUUAUUCAGGGUCAAUUGCCACUUUUUGCACCAUACAGAUAUCUUAUCUAAAUCAUUUUGCAUUUCGUUUUGGUUAUCUGAUGACUUUACAAGGUGGUAAACGACAGCAUCAUCUGCAAACAAUCUAAGACAGCUACUGAGAUUGUCUCCUAUGUCGUUAAUAUAGAUCAGGAACAAUAGAGGACCUAUAACACUUCCUUGUGGAAUGCUGGAUAUUACUUCUGUUUUACUUGAUGACUUUCUGUUUAUUACUACAAACUGUGACCUUUCUGACAGGGAAUCAUGAGUCCAGUCACACAACUGAGGCUAUAUGUAAUAGGCAAGCAGUUUGGUUAGAAGACACUUGUGAGGAAUGGUGUCAAAAGCCUUCUGGAAAUCUAAAAAUAUUGAGACAAUUUGUCAUCCCUGUCAACAGCACUCAUUACUUCAUGGGUAUAAAGAGCUAGUUGUGUUUCAUAAGAAUGAUUAUUUCCGAUUCUGUGCUGACUAUGAUUAUUUCUGAUUCUGUGCUGACUAAGUGUCAAUAAAUCGUUUUCUUCAAGGUACUUCAUAACGUUCGAAUACAGUAUAUGUUCCUACACCCUACUGCAAAUCGAUGUAAGUGAUAUUGGUCUGUAAUUUAAUGGAUUACUCCUACCUUCCUCUUUGGGUAUUGGUGUGACUUGAGCAAUUUUCCAGUCUUUAGGUAAGGAUCUCUCUUAGCGAGCAGUUGAAUAUAAUUGCUUAAUAUGGAGCUAUUGCGUCAGCAUACUCUGAGAGGAACCUGACUGGUAUACAAUCUGGACUGGAAGCCUGCUUUUAUUAAGUGAUUUAAGCUGCUUUGUGACACCAAGGAUAUCUAUUUCUAAGUUUCUCAUCUUGGCAGUUGUUCUUGAUUGGAAUUCAAGAAUAUUUACUUUGUCUUCUUUGGUGAAGGAGCUUCAGAAAAUUGUGUUUAAUAACUCUGCUUUAGUGGCACUAUCAUCAAUGACUUCACUGUUGUUAUCGUGCAGUGAAGGUAUUGAUUGCAUCUUGCCACUGGUGUGCUUUAUGUAUGACCAGAUCUCUUUGGGUUUUCUGCCAGAUUUUGAGACAGAGUUUCAUUGUGGAAAUUAUAUGUGUUAUUUUUUGAUGGUUGUAGGAGUUGCGAUAUUCAGUAGUCUAUUUAUCAUAAUGAAUAACAGUAACGCUAACCUAGUUGUGAUCAUUGAUAAUGUCAGUCAUAUCCAGUGAGACAAGCUCAUUCCUCAAGCAAUUAUUUACAUUUUGUAACUGGACCUGGCAUAUUACAACUACAUCCAGCAUCAUAAAUUAACUUAUAAAUAAUUAGACAUUGCCUGCAUUUGUGAUAAAUUGCCUUGAGUGACAUUGCAGAAGGGGAAAAAAAGGUGUAAAAUUGUGAUGACAUACUUUUCUGAGCCAGUGCUAUCCACAGAUCACAAGAUACUUCAGCACCAAUUGGGAGCAAUUUGAAUGGAGUUCUGGAGUAGUAUUCUUUCAAAAUCUUAUAAACUCUCAAUGUGAUCUUUAUCCCAAUGCAUUACAACUUUUAUAA